AUGCCUCUACAUCUCCUCGGCAAGAAGUCAUGGAACGUGUACAACGCCGACAACAUCGCACGCGUGCGCCGCGAUGAGGCCGCAGCGAAGGCCGCCGAGGAGGCCGAGGAGCAGCGCAUGCAAGAGAUUGAUGCGCAGCGCCGCCUAGCCAUCCUUCGAGGCGAAGAGCCACCACCUCUCCCCGAAAGAGAGGAACCAAACGCUAUAGUCCCAUCAUCCACACGCGAGGCCGAGUCCGGAUACCCGAACACCGCACGUCCACGAAGACAGCGAAAGAAGCCAGGCGAAGACGACACCGACUUUGAGCUGCGCUUGGCACGAGAGCAGACCGAAGCGUCGUCCGCGAAUGCGCUCGAGCAAACACGAAACCCGACGAGCUCGGCACCCAUCGUCGACCGUGCCGGCCACAUCGAUCUCCUCGGCGACGAAAAGGCCAGAGCCCAUACGGAAAGAAACGAGGAUGCGGAGAGAGACGCUCGUGCGAAGCGACGGGAGAUUGAGGAUCAGUAUAGAAUGCGCCUUGCCAACGCUGCAGGCAAGGGCGCUGUGAGCGAACCCUGGUAUUCUCAGUCUGACCACGCUGCCGUGGCGGCGCCCUCCAAGGACGUCUGGGGCAACGAAGAUCCGAGACGCAAGGAGCGACAGGCGCAGCGGCUGAUCGCCAAUGAUCCACUGGCUAUUAUGAAACAAGCAUCGGCCAAGAUGAAGGAGUUGAAGCAGCAGCGGCAGAAGAUUGCGGAAGAACGCGAAAAGGAGCUCAAGCAGCUUCGCAAGGAAGAGAAGCGUCGGGAGAAGGAGAAACGACGGGAGGAGCGUGUGAAGAGAGGACACAGACGCCGAUCUGAGAUGAAGACCGUGUCGGACACGGAUCACACGGAGACCGGGACCACCGUGGAGACGGGCAUGGGAGGGACCAUGAACGGAAGCGGCACAGAGACGAAGACCAUGCGCGCCGAGGAUCUCAUGGAGAUCGGGGCCAUCGCGGGGAUGGCGAUAGCAGGGACCCUGAACAGAAGCGGCACCGAGAGCAAGAGCACGUGCGCCGCCAUGGUUCUCGCUCCCCCGAGCGCAGAUCGCGACAUCACAGAAACGACUAACGACGAGAUACCCCAAGGCGUCAAGUAUGCGCCGCUGAAUUGA